UCCGAAUGGAGCCGCCGCUCCCGGUUAAUAAUCCAGUUGCACGAAAAGGAACAGCAUGUUCAAGAUAUCAUUCCUAUAAAUAGCCACUUCAGAUGUGUUCAAGAAGCAGAAGAAACUCUUUUGAUUGACAUAGCUUCAAACAGUGGCUGCAAAAUUCGGGUUCAGGGGGACCGGACCAGAGAGCGCCGCUUUGAAAUCCCUGAUGAGGAACACUGCUUGAAGUUCCUCUCAGAGGUCCUUGCUGCUCAGGAAGCUCAGUUACAACUUCUUGUUCCAGAGCAAAAAGACUCAUCCAGCUGGUAUCAGAAAUUAGACACUAAAGACAAACCCGGGUUUUCAGGGCUUCUUGGAUUUGAGGAUAACUUUUCAUCAAUGAAUUUGGACAAGAAAAUAAAUUCACCAAAUCAGCUUACAGGGACUCAUCGGGAGCCCCCACCCCCACCCUCUUCUGUCAAUAGAAUGCUUCCACGUGAAAAAGAAGCCACUAACAAGGAGCAGCCCAAAGUGACAAACACCAUGCGGAAGCUCUUUGUACCAAGUAACCAGUCUGGGCAGCGGGAGGGUCUCAUCAAACAUAUCCUGGCAAAGCGUGAGAAAGAAUAUGUCAACAUUCAGACUUUCAGAUUUUUUGUUGGAACUUGGAACGUGAAUGGUCAGUCUCCAGAUAGUGGAUUAGAACCUUGGCUCAACUGUGAUUCGAAUCCUCCUGAUAUCUACUGCGUUGGAUUCCAAGAGCUGGACUUGAGCACAGAAGCCUUUUUCUAUUUUGAAUCCGUGAAGGAACAAGAGUGGUCCAUGGCUGUAGAAAGGGGUUUGCAUCCUAAAGCCAAGUAUAAGAAAGUUCAACUAGUCCGCCUUGUUGGGAUGAUGCUCCUUAUAUAUGCCAGAAAGGACCAGUGGCGAUAUAUCCGUGAUGUUACUACAGAAACAGUUGGAACUGGAAUCAUGGGGAAAAUGGGAAACAAAGGUGGAGUAGCUGUGAGAUUUGUAUUUCACAACACUACAUUUUGCAUUGUCAAUUCUCACCUGGCUGCUCACGUGGAGGACUUUGAGAGAAGAAAUCAAGAUUAUAAGGACAUUUGUGCGCGAAUGAGUUUUGUGGUCCCAAAUCAGACCCUCCCUCAGCUGAACAUCAUGAAACAUGAUGUUGUCAUUUGGUUGGGAGAUUUGAACUAUAGACUUUGCAUGCCCGAUGCCAAUGAGGUGAAAAGUCUUAUUAAUAAGAAUGACCUUCAGAGACUCUUGAAAUUCGACCAGUUAAAUAUUCAGCGUACACAGAAAAAAGCUUUUGUUGACUUCACAGAAGGAGAAAUUAAGUUUAUUCCCACUUAUAAGUAUGACUCUAAAACAGAUCGAUGGGAUUCCAGUGGGAAAUGUCGGGUUCCAGCCUGGUGUGACCGAAUUCUUUGGAGAGGAACAAAUGUUAAUCAGCUUCACUACCGGAGUCACAUGGAAAUGAAAACCAGUGACCACAAGCCUGUUAGCGCUCUCUUCCAUAUUGGGGUGAAGGUUGUGGAUGAACGGAGGUAUCGGAAAGUCUUUGAAGAUAUUGUACGCAUCAUGGACAGAAUGGAAAAUGACUUCCUUCCUUCCUUAGAACUCAGCAGGAGGGAGUUUGUGUUUGAGAAUGUGAAGUUUCGGCAACUACAAAAGGAGAAGUUCCAGAUCAGCAACAAUGGACAGGUUCCCUGCCAUUUUUCUUUCAUCCCUAAACUUAAUGACAGCCAAUACUGCAAGCCAUGGCUUCGGGCUGAACCUUUUGAGGGCUACUUGGAGCCAAAUGAGACAAUAGACAUUUCCCUUGAUGUGUAUGUCAGCAAAGACUCUGUGACCAUCCUGAACUCGGGGGAAGAUAAGAUCGAAGAUAUUCUUGUCCUUCACCUGGAUCGAGGCAAAGAUUACUUCUUGACCAUCAGUGGAAAUUACCUCCCAAGUUGCUUUGGUACAUCCUUAGAGGCUUUGUGCCGAAUGAAAAGACCAAUUCGAGAAGUUCCUGUUACCAAACUCAUAGACUUGGAAGAAGACAGCUUCCUAGAAAAGGAGAAAUCUCUUCUGCAGAUGGUUCCCUUGGAUGAAGGUGCCAGUGAGAGACCCCUUCAGGUCCCCAAGGAGAUCUGGCUUCUAGUCGAUCACUUGUUUAGAUACGCCUGCUGCCAGGAGGACCUGUUCCAAACCCCUGGAAUGCAGGAAGAGUUACAGCAGAUCAUUGAUUGUCUAGAUACCAGCAUUCCUGAGACAAUCCCUGGCAGUAACCACUCUGUGGCUGAAGCACUGCUCAUUUUCCUGGAAGCACUGCCAGAGCCAGUCAUCUGUUAUGAGCUGUAUCAGCGAUGCCUCGACUCUGCCCACGAUCCCCGGAUCUGCCGACAGGUGAUUUCACAGCUUCCAAGAUGCCAUAGAAAUGUUUUCCGCUACUUGAUGGGUUUCCUUCGAGAACUCUUAAAAUUCUCAGAAUAUAGUAAUGUCAGUGCCAACAUGAUCGCCACUCUCUUCACUAGUCUUCUCCUAAGGCCUCCACCCAACCUUAUGGCAAGACAGACUCCAAGUGACCGCCAGCGUGCUAUCCAGUUCCUUCUGAGUUUCCUGCUUGGGAACGAUGAAGACUAAUUCUCUUCCUCUUACAGUUCUCCAGGAUCCAGAGGUGGAAGAUCUUGGGCUCCAAGUGUUUCAGAAUGGUUUGAAAAGCCGUGCCACACAAAGGGUCUAUUGCAGUUUCAAGGCUGUUGUCAUGAAAAGGUUUUGUUUAUGAUGCAAAAGGAAGAGAGUUUCCUGAUCCCUCCUCUACCCCUUUACCAUAUCCUAUACAGCAAAAUACUUUUAGACUUAUAUUGCCAAGCCAAAGUUACCAUAUUUUGGUGUUUUUGUGUUUUCUCCUUAUAAGGCAAAGAGAUCUGUAUUUACACUCCUUUACCUAGGGAUAUGUUUGUUACCUUCCUACCCAGUUGUCAUGAUUGUCCUUAGCACCCUAGGUCUAGGUUCUGAGAUGUUCCCACUCUAGGCCUACAACACUACUUGCUGUAGCUCAGACUUGUCUGUAAUCCUUCAUCUAAAGCACUUUGGCCCACCCUCUCUCUGUAUCACUCCUUUGCACUCCACUCCUCUAGUACUAUCACUCUGAAGGAAGUCUGGGUUAGGCUAGUGACUCCUUGGGUAUCUUCAACAAUGAGUUAACUGUCUACAUGUGGUGGUUACAUGCGUUUCUGCAUUUCCGCUGCAAUGUCUUCAUAUCUCUGUAACAUUGGCCUUUUCAUUGAUCUGCACUGGGUGGAACCACAUUUCUCUUGUCUCGGAUCACAUUUAGUAGCAUAACUUUAGGCACUAGUGAAGAUAACAUCCCAUUGAUGGGGGAGAAUCACCAUCAGAAUGGAAGCAUUUUGAGUAUUUCAGGAGUGACAGUAUUCACAUCUGACAGGUCCUGCUUCCUCCUGUCCUUUUCCUGUUAUUCUCAGAUGAUAGGUGAGGGCAAAUCCCGGGUGUCCAUGGAAGCCAUCCCUCAGAAAUCCACCUCCAGAGCAGUACUUGCACCAUAGUGAACAAGGGAGUCUGUGUACCUCACACUGGCCUCUCUGAGAUACUUCUCCUUCCCACAGCAGGAGUAUUGAGGCUAACCCUUCCAGCCCCCUCUCUGGUCUCGUACCAAGGGGCACAAAUGUAGCCCCCUCCCUCAGCAGAGUCGACUCUGGGCUCUACAGCCAGCUCCUGCAAGUAGAGGAUUUACAGACUCCCCUCGGCUCCCACAGUCACCUUGUCCAGUGCUGUGUAAAGAGACUAUGGACAAUGGGACCAACCAAGCACCUUAGCUCUCCCACUUGAGACAGCCCUCUGAGCUUUAUAUUUAUUCAAGCUUGAGUGGGGGCAGCCUUUAAAAAAAUAAUUAAUCUAUAUUGGUUGGCAAACAAGCCGCCAGCCACGGACUGUGCAAAACUGCCUGGUACAAUUGGCUUCCUCCUGAGUUUCUUUCAUUUAAACCACUCUGAGUCGACUUCGUCUUGCCUGUUAACACUAAAUCUGAGGAGCAUAACAUCCAGGCUCUGGGCAUGGUCUCAGGCAUUGACUCCAUGACUCUUCCAGUACAUCUAAGGAGAGGGGCGUGGGGAACACCACCACUGAAUAGCCCUCCAAUUCUCCCAUUUCUUGAAAGUUGGGUUCUUUGGGGAAGAAAAGGUACGUAUCUUCUAAUAUACUGGUGAAACCCUUUCCUGAGUAUGAGUUAGGGAAAUAGCAAUCGUUAUUGAUGCCAAAUAGCUGACGAUCUGAUAAGUCAGGGGAUGGGUGUUGAACUUAGUUAAUGGAAGACUGAGAUUAGAAGAGUUUUGUCAUCUCCACUAGGCCAGAAAGUGAUGACAGGAGAGGCAGAUUAUAGGUGCUGAGUCAAUGUAGUGACACGAAGACAGGGAGAUGUCCCUCCUAGGCAUGUUUGCUAGUGUGCUGCCAACCUGGGGUCUUUGAAUGACCAAAGGUGUGGCUGGUGGGGGCUGCAUGCAGCAUGUGUGCUGCUGUCCUUCUUUGCACGGUAAAAACACUAAGUUGCUUUACUGCCUCCACCUUCUUUCCAGGUCUGGUCAUGGGAUGUCUACAGGACUGAGGGUUUUUGACAAUCUCUGGGUAGGGGAGACAAGAAAUAGACCAGACAUAAGGAGUCUGCUUCCCUCCAGUGCCUAUCCCAGGACUCCAACCUCUAAUUCCUAAGUACCUCGAAUGGACCGUUUCAUAGCUUCUCUGACGUAGGCUUUCCCGUCCAACUGGUCGAGAAGGACUCUGCAUUGAUUGAUUCCAGGGAAAAGAUGGUUCAGAUCCUAGUGGUGAAGUCGCAGUAGUUUCCCUUUCACUGUUGAUUCUUAUUCUGUAAUUGUUUGUUAUAUUUCCCCAAAAGGUUUUGGUCACUAAGCAAAGCUGCUAGUGGGAUUCUGUAUUUUCGUGUCAUCUUUUUUAUUAUAAUUUAUUGCAAAUUUUCUUCUGAAUAAAUACAUGUUAUGUGGAAAAGUGUGGUCUUGGUG